CUUCACGUUUACACAAGUCUGCCUCAGCGCCACACCACUGCGUAGGAAAGGAGAGAGAAGGAAAGGAUAACGAGAUCCUACAAAGAGUUUGGAGCAUGAACAAAUUUACUUUUGCAGUUUUCUUCUUGGCACUGGGUUUUCUUGUCUGCGAAGGGGGUAACCCAUGCUGCUCAGAGCCAUGCCAGAACAAGGGUGUUUGCACUGCACUAGGAGCAGAUCAUUACGAAUGUGAUUGCACAAGAACAGGAUAUCAUGGACACAACUGCACAACGCCUGAAUUCCUCACCUGGAUCAAAGUAUCCCUGAAGCCGUCGCCCAACACUGUCCACUACCUUCUCACCCACUUUAAGGGCUUCUGGAACAUCAUCAACAACAUCUCAUUUCUCCGGGAUGGCAUCAUGAAAUAUGUGCUGACAUCUCGAUCCCACUUGAUUGAUAGUCCUCCGACUUUCAAUGCUGAUUAUGGUUACAAAAGCUGGGAAGCUUAUUCCAACCUUUCUUAUUAUACGCGCUCCCUUCCGCCUGUGCCGGAGGAUUGCCCAACCCCUAUGGGGGUAGUAGGUAAAAAGGAGCUACCUGAUGCGAAGCUAUUGGCUGAGAAGCUUCUGAUGAGAAGAAAGUUCAUCCCGGACCCGCAGGGCACCAGCCUGAUGUUUGCAUUUUUCGCACAGCAUUUCACACACCAGUUCUUCAAAUCUGAUAUGAAGAAAGGACCUGCUUUUACCCUCGCUCAAGGUCACGGGGUGGACCUCAGCCACAUUUAUGGAGACACCCUGGAGAGACAACAUAAGCUCAGACUAUUCAAGGAUGGCAAGCUUAAACAUCAGAUCCUGGAUGGAGAGAUGUACCCCCCAACAGUAAAGGAAGUGGGAGCCGAAAUGCACUACCCCCCUCAUGUUCCCGAGUCCCACCGCUUCGCUGUGGGCCAUGAGGCGUUCGGCCUGGUACCCGGUCUGAUGAUGUACGCCACCAUCUGGCUGCGGGAGCACAACCGGGUGUGUGACGUGUUGAAGGAGAUCCACCCUGACUGGAACGACGAGAGGCUCUUCCAGACCACCCGGCUCAUUCUGAUUGGAGAGACUAUCAAGAUUGUGAUCGAGGACUACGUGCAGCACCUGAGUGGCUAUAACUUCAAGCUCAAGUUUGAUCCUGAGCUGCUGUUCAACCAGCGCUUCCAGUACCAGAACCGUAUUGCGUCUGAGUUCAACACCCUGUACCACUGGCACCCCCUGAUGCCUGACUCCUUCCACAUUGAGGAGAAAGACUACAGCUAUAAACAGUUUGUCUUUAACACCUCCGUAGUGACCGAGCACGGCAUCGGAAACCUUGUAGAGUCAUUCACCAAUCAGAUUGCUGGACGGGUUGCUGGCGGCCGAAAUGUUCCAGGACCUAUUAUGUAUGUAGCCAUUAAAUCCAUUGAAAACAGCAGACAGAUGCGCUACCAGUCUCUGAACGCGUACAGGAAACGAUUCUCCAUGAAGCCCUACACCUCUUUUGAAGACAUGACAGGAGAGAAAGAGAUGGCUGAAUUGCUUGAGGAGUUCUACGGCCACGUCGAUGCUGUGGAGCUCUACCCAGGUCUGCUGGUGGAGAAACCCAGGCAGAACGCCAUCUUUGGGGAGACCAUGGUGGAGAUGGGGGCUCCUUUCUCACUCAAGGGCUUAAUGGGAAACCCUAUCUGCUCCCCGGAGUACUGGAAACCGAGCACAUUCGGAGGCAGCGUGGGCUUCGACAUCGUCAACACCGCCUCGUUGCAGAAGCUGGUCUGCAAUAAUGUACGGGGCCCCUGUCCCAUUGCAUCCUUUCACGUGCCCGAUGUCAAAGAAACGGGGUCCACAAUAAUUAACUCAAGCUCAUCACACUCAAGCGGAAGUGAUAUCAACCCUACGGUCAUUUUAAAAGAAAGGACUAGUGAGCUCUAAUGUUUUUUAUGAGGUUAAUGUUUUUUAAUGUAUGUAUUUAUUUAUUUAUUUAUUUCUGUAUUUAUUCUAUUCUAUUUAUUUAACAUGAUAUUUUAUAUGCCAUUUUUUAGAUAAAUGUAUGUGGUAAUGUUAAUUUAUUGAAAGAUUAAUUGUAUUAUUAUAUAAGUUAUUGUUACAGUAAUGACCUCAGACACUGCAACUUGAUACUUGAAAGUAAGUUUAAAAUUUCAAAUAUAUAGCAACGUACAUGUUCUUAAAGGUAUUCUGAUUCUGAUUCUGAUAUACGCUCGUUAUUUUCCCUUGGAUCAAAUGCAUGCUCUUUCAUUAAUGUUCAUGCAAGUGAACGGCUGUCACAGGACACCACAGUGAACUGUUUGACAGACAAUCAUAGAGUGCAAUAGUGAUGCACACAGUGAAUUUAAUGACUGAUUGAUCUCUUGAUCUAAUGUUACAUAGUGUAGAGCGAUUCUUUUUUUAGUAUUGUCUUACUGAAUUGUUUUGCUUACGUUUUUGUAUUGGCUUAGGUUUAAAAUGACGUUAAUGACUCAGCUGCACUUUUUUUUUUAAAUAAAUUGUGUGUUUUACUUGAAAGGGAUUAACAAAGUGAUGUACUGCAUGUAACCAGAUUGUUAGUUUUGUUCUCAGUGCGUAUUGACUUGCAAGAUGACAUUAAUAAAUGUUUCCUGGAAAUGGAGUUUUUAAGAAAUUAA